AUGUUGGGCUGGGUCCAGAAGGUGCUGCCUCAGCCCCCACGGACACUUCCGAGAACCAUGAUGGAGGAGGAUGAGGGGGCAGAACCAGAGCCAGAGUUGGAGGCAGAAACCGAGGCAGAGGCAGUGCCAGAUCCUGAAACAGAGGAAGCUGAGACCCUGCCACCAGCAGAGAUGUCACUGGAGGAGGAAGAAGUAGCAGUGGUGAACCUAACCUCUCAGGGAACCCAGGAGGCCACCCUGACUCUGCCCACAUCCCUCCAGGCUCAGGUCGCUGUGGGUCCUGAAGUAAACAGCCCCCGCAGCUGGGUACUGACCUGGCUCAGGAAGGGUGUGGAGAAGGUGGUCCCACAGCCCGUGCACAGCGGCCAGCUUGCCCAGAGCACUGCUGCUGGCCUGCAAGACCUGGAUCAGGCAGGAGCACAGAUCCUUGAGCACUGCAGCACUGGGGGCUCAGGGUCUGCAGAUGGAUCCAGUGAAGCCCCCGGGACUCAGGAGACUGGGCCUGCACCAUGGCUGCUCCGAUGGUUUGAACAAAAUCUGGAGAAGGUGCUGCCUCAGCCCCCCAAAACCUCUGAGGGCCGGAUAGAGGAGACUACAGAGCCUGCCAAGGACUCAGGUACUAGGAGGGGUGCCGGGGCUGGGCUGGGAGUACCUCGACCUUGCUCAGGAGAGGUGCAGUGUUUACAGGGAGUGAGUGUUGUGGAGGGCACCAGAACCCUUGCCCACCCCAGGCUGAGCGGCCGAGGUGGGGGGCAGCUUGUGAUCUCUAGGCUUAGUUCCUCAUCGCAGGGGCUCUCUCCUGAGACUUGUGGAUCUAGCCCCUGGGCCCUCCAGGGGUCACGUGCAGCCCUGCCCUAUCAUUUAGUCUCCUGUCUUCUCUGUUGCCUAGACAUCCCAGAAGCCCCUCCUGAGAUAGAAUCUAUGCCACUGGCCCCGGAGAGCAACUCUGUGCCCAGCCCUGAACCCACAGAGCCCGAGGAGGAGCCCAGUGCAGAGCCACAGGCUGGCUUCCAGAUCUCCUCCCUGCCACCCCCCGGAGACACUAUCAGGCUGGUAGCAUGGCUCCUGCACAGGCUAGAGAAGACCCUGCCACAGCCGGUGCUCAGAGAGAAGGCAGAGCAGGAGCCCGAUAUCCCUGUGGCGUGCGAGGUGCAGGCCAUCAACAUCCUCCCCGGAGAGCCAGGGGAGCCGGAGCUGGUCCUGGAGGAUGUGGACCCUCACUGGGAGGAGAAAGAGUGUCGGCAGGGCAGUGCCAGCCCGAGGGGCUUGGAGGAAGUUCAUGAAGAGCAGAGUGAGGCUGCGGAGGAGACGGCCAGGUUGCUGCCUGGGAUUCCAGAGGAGAAAGAAGAGAAGGAAGAGGAAGAGGAGAAGGAGAAGGUAGAGGAAGAGGAGGAGGAGAAGGAGAAGGAAGAGAAGGAGGACAAAGAAGAGGAGAAAGAAGAGGAAGAUGGAGAGGAGGAGGAGGAAGACGAAAAAGAGGACAAAGAGGAGGAGGAAGAUGGAGAGGAGAAGGAGGAGGAGAAGGAGGAGGAGGAGGACAAAGAAGAGGAGGAAGAGGAGGAGGAAGAUGGGGAGGAAGAGGAUCCUGAUGUCCUGCUGGAUAGCUAUCUGGUGUCACCAGUCAGCGAGGACCUGAGUGAAAUUAGUGGGGCCGAGUCCAGGAGGGCCUCUCUUCAGGAGCUGCAGGAGGAGGCCGUGGCCACCAGCCCAGAAGGGGUCUGCCCCUGCCCCAGCAGCAUGGCUGACCCAGGCCAGGAUGUGGAGCUGAAUCACCUGGUCCAGGACCGGCUGCCUGAUCAGGUGGCCUCUGGGCCUGCACCCCCCAACCUGAUGGACCACCUCCCCAAUGUGCCCAGCUACUGCCCCCCCAUCACCCGCAUCCCUGUCCUCGUGUCCCGGAGAACAACCUUGUCCAACUCCAGCUUUGCCAAGGAAACCAGGAGCAACAUCCGACGCCUAGUGGCAGCCACACAGCAGCACCCGGAGGUACGGGUUGAAGAUGCUGACGCUGACAGCCACCCCCUCAUUAUGGAAGAGAGCCCACCCUCACCUGAGCUGCCACCACCUUCUCCCGCCACAUCGGACACCCUUGCUGUCCCAGGAUCAGCCAUGGGGACCCACAGGAAGAAGCUGCCUUCCCAAGAUGAUGAAGCUGAAGAGCUUAAAGCGUUGUCACCAGCUGAGUCCCCUGUGGUCGCCUGGUCGGACCCCACCACCCCACAGGGCACUGAUGGCCAGGAGCGGGCAGCCUCCACAGCCAGCCAGAACAGCGCCAUCAUCAAUGACCGGCUCCAGGAGCUGGUGAAGCUUUUCAAGGAGCGAACAGAGAAGGUGAAGGAGAAGCUGAUUGACCCUGAUGUCACCUCUGAUGAGGAGAGCCCCAAACCCUCUCCAGCCAAGAAGCCCCCAGAGCCAGCACCGGAAGUGAAGCCUGAGGCAGGGCAGGUGGAGGAGGAGCACUACUGUGACAUGCUCUGCUGCAAGUUCAAACGCCGCCCCUGGAAGAAGUACCGGUUUCCCCAGAGCAUUGACCCACUAACCAACCUGAUGUACAUCCUGUGGCUGUUCUUUGUGGUGCUGGCCUGGAACUGGAACUGCUGGCUGAUCCCCGUGCGUUGGGCCUUCCCCUACCAGACGCCUGACAAUAUCCACCUCUGGCUGCUGAUGGAUUACCUGUGCGACCUCAUCUACCUCCUGGACACCACCUUGUUUCAGAUGCGCCUGCAGUUUGUCAGAGGAGGGGACAUCAUUACAGACUCAAAGGACAUGCGCAACAAUUACCUGAAAUCUCGCCGCUUUAAGAUGGAUUUGCUCUGCCUCUUGCCCCUGGACUUUCUUUACUUGAAACUGGGUGUGAACCCUCUCCUUCGUUUGCCCCGCUGUUUAAAGUACAUGGCUUUCUUUGAGUUUAACAACCGUCUGGAAGCCAUCCUCAGCAAAGCCUAUGUUUACAGAGUCAUCAGGACCACUGCCUACCUGCUCUACAGUCUGCAUGUGAAUUCGUGUCUGUACUACUGGGCCUCGGACUAUCAGGGCCUCGGCUCUACUCACUGGGUGUACGAUGGCGUGGGAAACAGUUACGUCCGCUGUUUCUACUGGGCUGUGAAGACUCUCAUCACCAUCGGCGGACUGCCUGACCCCCAGACGCUUUUUGAAAUUGUCUUCCAGUUGCUGAAUUAUUUCACGGGUGUCUUUGCUUUUUCUGUGAUGAUAGGACAGAUGAGAGAUGUGGUAGGGGCUGCCACCGCAGGCCAGACCUACUACCGCAGCUGCAUGGACAGCACUGUGAAGUACAUGAACUUCUACAAGAUCCCCAGGUCCGUGCAGAACCGAGUCAAAACCUGGUACGAAUACACCUGGCACUCCCAAGGCAUGCUGGACGAGUCAGAGCUGAUGGUGCAGCUUCCAGACAAGAUGCGGCUGGACCUUGCCAUUGAUGUGAACUAUGAAAUUGUCAGCAAGGUGGCGCUCUUCCAGGGCUGUGACCGGCAGAUGAUCUUCGACAUGCUGAAGAGGCUUCGCUCUGUUGUCUACCUGCCCAACGACUAUGUGUGCAAGAAGGGCGAGAUUGGCCGAGAGAUGUACAUCAUCCAGGCCGGGCAGGUGCAGGUGUUGGGUGGCCCUGAUGGCAAGUCGGUGCUGGUGACACUGAAAGCUGGAUCUGUGUUUGGAGAAAUAAGCUUGCUGGCUGUCGGGGGCGGGAACCGGCGCACAGCCAACGUGGUAGCCCACGGCUUCACCAACCUCUUCAUUCUUGACAAGAAGGACCUGAAUGAAAUUCUGGUGCACUAUCCUGAGUCUCAGAAGUUACUCCGGAAGAAGGCCAGGCGAAUGCUGAGACAAAACAAAUCUAAAGAGGAGAAGAAGAGUGUGCUCAUCCUCCCUCCACGGGCGGGCACCCCCAAGCUCUUCAAUGCCGCCCUGGCAGCUGCAGGGAAGAUGGGUGGCAAAGGCGGCAAGCUGGCACACCUCCGAGCCAGACUCAAAGAACUGGCGGCACUGGAGGCGGCAGCCAAGCAGCAGCAGCUUCUGGAACAGGCCAAGAGUUCAGAAGGCUCAGCUGGAGACGUUGGAGUGGCCACCCAGGAGAAGCCCACAGCCCCACCUGAAGCUGCCCCAGAGCAGCCUGCACCGCCCGCAGCCCCCGUGUCCCAGGCCCCCAGCUCCCCACCACCUGCUGCCUCUAGGAAGCCAGAGGGCAGUGAGGAGGGGGCGGCCAGGCCCUCGGAGCCCUCGGUGCGGAUCAGCAUAAGCCCGGGUCAGGAGCCUGAAGAACAGACCAUGUCGGUGGAGAUUCCUGAGGACAAGAAGGAUACAGAGUGAGGGGGUUCACCUCUAGGCCACCCCUCCUGCCCUGACAUCAGCUUCCUCCAAGCUGGUCCUGGAGUCCACAGAUGCCAUAGUCUUAUGCUCCUAAACUCCAGCUGUCACUUGAGAAGCCUACUAUCUAUCCCCUACUU